UGUGUCCAAUCAAAUGCUCUCAUAAAUGAGAAUAUCCCUCCACACCUCUGACUAGCAAAAACAGGUCAUUGAUGCAGUAUUCUAUUAUUUAAGAUGCAUACAGAAGUCAUGAUGCAGAUAAUCGUAAACACAUGUUUGUUAUUAGUUGGAUUGAUUAUUGGGAUACUGUCAUUGAUGAGCAGCCCCCUCAAAACCCCCAAUAAAUCAACUUCAGCUAAUUCAGAAUGAACACUAAAAACACACAUAUCAGUCGUGUUUUAAAAGACCUUCAGCUUACCAGUGUACUGUCUAAGAGAAUGUUUAUCAUUGUUAUGUCUCACUGUCAUCAGCUCAACAGGCACACACCUGUGGACGACAGAAUCGUGUUCAAGUUAAUGAGUUCUCCCAGUCUGAGUGAUUUGGGUCGAUCAGCAGCGCCGCUGGACGACAGAAACAGUCAACAACACGGAGCUGGAACUAACGCUACCUGGAACAGUAUCCACAAUGCCGUGAUCGCUGUGUUCCAGCGGAGAGAUCUGGGAGAGAAUGAGCUGUACACACUGAAUGAAGGGGUCAGACAGCUGCUGAAGACAGAGUUGGGCUCCUUCUUCACAGAGUAUCUGCAGAAUCAGCUGUUGACGAAGGGAAUGGUGAUUCUACGAGAUAAGAUUCGCUUUUAUGAAGGUCAGAAGCUGCUGGAUUCUCUGUCAGAGACGUGGGAUUAUUUCUUCUGUGAUGUUCUGUCCACACUGCAAGCGAUCUUCUACCCCGUACAGGGGAAGGAGCCGUCUGUCAGACAGUUAGCUCUUCUGCACUUCAGGAACAUCAUCACUCUGAAUAUAAAGCUGGAUGAAGCUUUGAGUCGCCCGCGCGCUCGUGUGCCACCGUCAAUCAUUCAAAUGCUGCUCAUUCUGCAGGGUGUUCAUGAGUGUAAGAGUGUGUCGAGUGAUUAUCUGAAGCUGGAGUCUCUCAUUCAGAAGGUGGUGUCGCCGUAUCUGGGAACACACGGUCUUUUCUCCAGCGACGGGUCCAUCACGCAGUGCUCGUGUGUUCUCGAGAAACGGCUGCUGCGACGGUGGCCGCGAUCCAGCGACUCGCCAGCCAAGAAUCCCGUGGUUCGCUCCAAAAGCUACAACAUCCCCAUGCUGACACCCGUAGCUGAAUACGAUUCUGACGGCAGCGUGGGAAUCCGCCGGCAUUCUGUAUGCCAGAUGACUUCCUGUCUGGAAGAGCCCGCUUUCUCGGAGGUGCCGUCCAGCCCAGUGACGGACGCGACCUCGCAGGCGAAGAGUUGUGAAGAUGCGGGCGCUGCUGCGUCUUCUCCACCCAUAUUCUCUGAGCUUUGCUACGAUAGCGGCCGGGACGCAUCCCCCCCCCACCACAGUUGUCCCUCCAGUCCAGAGAUCGUCCUGGAUCAGAUUCUGGAAUCUCUGGACUCGGACACGGAGGGAAUCUUUAUCGACUUUUGCCGGCAGCGGUCUAGCACAUCUGAGUUCAGCCGCGAGAGUGUAGCGUAGUUUUAAUUCACACUUAAAGGAAUAGUUCACCCAAAAAUGAAAAUUUGCUGAUAAUUUACUCACCAUCAGGCCAUCCAAGAUGUAUCCGACUUUCUUUCUUCAUCAAAACAGAAUUUAAGAUUUUUAGGAUUUCAUUUCAGGCCUCCUCCUCUAAACAAUGCAAGUGAAUGUACUCCAUUUUUUGACGGUCCAAAAUGCAUAUUUAGUGUGCAUCAAAAUAAUCCACACGACUCUAGUCGACAAAUAAAGUUCUUCUGAACGCAAACGAUUUAUUCUUUUUAGAAACAAAACAAUACUUAUAUACUUUUUAUCUACAUAUUUUCGCUUCCAUACAUCUCUGAUGAUCAAAAACCAAUCGGCACUGGCAGAUUUUUGUUAAUUGCAUGUAAACACCUUUAAUGGCGUAUAAGUGUUAACGUUUUGGCGUCAAAAGCAGAGAAUAAUCUGAUAAUUGCAAGUCUCAUGUAAACAUGUUUUUAUUGCGUAAUCUGAUUUUUAUCAGUGUAUAUCUGUGCAUAUGUGCUCUCUGUAGAAUACUAUUGAGUGAAACAUUAUCGUUACAUACUGUGAACUGUGCAUUUAUUCUCUAACAUACUAAGCAGUGUGUAGUGCAGUGAGGGUAUGCUAGUGUGCUAUUCUGAACACUGCCCAUUUCAUGUGUUUUCUGUAUUUCAUGGUAUUAAUCUUUUAUUGUAAUUUGUUAAUAAGACAUUCUAAUGGAACAUGAACUCCACGACCUGAUUUAAGUGAUGUUCUGCACACAGUGGACAAAUAUAAACAUUACAAUGACUGAAUUUCUUUGAGAAAUAAUCUCAAAUGCAGUCAGUAUAAAUAAUGCCUAAAUGAGUGUUUUACAUAACUUGAAUUUUACAGAAUUUUUUUAACUUUUUUAAACUUUUCACAAUCAUGGAUAAUGUUUUGACUAAUAACACUUCCUAGAUUUUACUAAUCAGAUCUCUACUCAUUUGCAUACAUUAAAUGUGCUGGUUUAAUAAGUUGGUCAUUUUUUAUUGCUUCAUUUGAACUUGGUAAGUGAUGCAUAAAUAAUGUGAUGAGUUCAAGUGGUUUAAAAUGUUAAAACUUUACAGAUGAUGUCCUCAGGGAUAAUAUUUAAUACAAAUAACAAUGGUAAAACUAUACCAUCUCUUGGUGAAAAACAGGAAGCGCAUUAUAAAAAUGUAAUUAAGUACACUAAAGCUUUCCCAAUGGUCAAACUACUGGUGAAAAACAUGAAACACAUCUACAUUAGGCCUACGUUACAUAAAAUAAAUUACUACAGUAAAUAUACUGUUUAAUGGUCAAACUAUGCCAUCUGCUGGUGAAAAUCAGGACAAAAAAUAAUAUAUAGCCAAAUACAUUUAAACUCAGUUUUUCACAAUUCCUGACAUUUAAUCGUAGAAAACAUUCCCUGUCUUAGGUCAGUUAGGAUCACUAUUUUAAGAAUGUGAAAUGUCAGAAUAAUAGUAGAAAGAAUGAUUUAUUUCAGCUUUUAUUUCUUUCAUCACAUUCCCAGUGGGUCAGAAGUUUACAUACACUUUGUUAGUAUUUGGUAUCAUUGCCUUUAAAUUGUUUAACUUGGGUCAGAUGUUUUGGGUAUCCUUCCACAAGCUUCUCACAAUAAACUACUGGAAUUUUGUCCCAUUCCUCCAGACAGAACUGGUGUAACUGAGUCAGGUUUGUAGACCUCCUCGGAUUGAGGUCAGGGCUUUGUGAUGGCCACUCCAAUACCUUGACUUUGUUGUCUUUAAGACAUUUCACCACAACUUUGGAGGUAUGCUUGGGGUCAUUGUCCAUUUGGAAGACCCAUUUGCGUCCGAGCUUUAACUUCCUGGCUGAUGUCUUGAGAUGUUGCUUCAAUAUAUCCACAUAAUUUUCCUUCCUCAUGAUGCCAUCUAUUUUGUGAAGUGCAGCAGUCCCUCCUGCAGCAAAGCACCCCCACAACAUGAUGCUGCCACCCCCAUGCUUCACAGUUGGGAUGGUGUUCUUCGGCUUGCAAGCCUCACCCUUUUUCCUCCAAUCAUAACGAUGGUCAUUAUGGCCAAACAGUUCCAUUUUUGUUUCAUCAGAUCAGAGGACAUUUCUUCCAAAAGUAAGAUCUUUGUCCCCAUGUGCACUUGCAAACUGUAGUCUGGCUUUUUUAUGGCAGUUUUGGAGCAGUGGCUUCUUCCUUGCUGAGCAGCCUUUCAGAUUAUGUCAGUAUAGGACUCGUUUUACUGUGGAUAUAGAUACUCGUCUACCUGUUUCCUCCAGCAUCUUCACAAGGUCCUUUGCUGUUGUUCUGGGAUUGAUUUGCACUUUUCGCACCAAACUACGUUCAUCUCUAGGAGACAGAAUGCGUCUCCUUCCUGAGCGGUAUGAUGGCUGUGUGGUCCCAUGGUGUUUAUACUUGCGUACUAUUGUUUGUACAGAUGAAUGUGGUACCUUCAGGUGUUUGGAAAUUGCUCCCAAGGAUGAACCAGACUUGUGGAGGUCCACAGUUUUUUUUCUGAGGUCUUGUCUGAUUUGUUUUGAUUUUCCCGUGAUGUCAAACAAAGAGGCACUGAGUUUGAAGGUAGGCCUUAAAAUACAUCCACAGAUAAACCUCCAAUUCAGUACACCUCCUAUCAGAAGCUAAUUGUCUAAUUGUCUAAAGGCUUGACAUCAUUUUCUGGAAUUUUCCAAGCAGCUUAAAGGCACAGUUAACUUAGUGUAUGUAAACUUCUGACCCACUGGAAUUGUGAUAUAGUCAAUUAAAAGUGAAACAAUCUGUCUGUAAACAAUUGUUGGAUAAAUUACUCGUGUCAUGCACAAAGUAGAUGUCCUAAACAACUCGCCAAAACUGUAGUUUGCCAAUAUUAAAUCUGUUGAGUGGUUAAAAAAAGAGUUUUAAUGACUUCAACAUAAGUGUAUGUAAACUUCUGACUUCAACUGUAUGUAUAAACUGCUGGUGAAAACAUGAAGCAUCUACUUAAAUUUAAAUAAAAUAAAUUGCAGAAAGAACACAAACCUACAGCAGGACUGAAACAGUCGAUACAAAAUAAUCAUAUUAAAUAAGAGCUUCUUCAUAUAGUCAUAAUUUUACAGAUAAUAUGCUAAAUAAUAAUAUUUUAUCCAAAUAACAAUGGUCAGAUGCUAUCGCUGCUUUGUCUUUUUCUAACAUCUGAGCUAACAGCCGUGUCUUCUGUCUUUUUCCCAAACAAAUAAAGUGAUAGAAGUGUAUGAAACACGCUGAUAAAUGAUACUGGACCUUAACAAGUAGUUUGAGCUUCAUCUUAUUUAUACCGUACACAUCUCAUAUUGCAUUCAUGUCUGUCAUGAAGCCUGACAUCUUACUAAUUACAAUUAUUUUAAUCAAAUUAAUUCUGUGAAUUGUUUUGGAAAGUUUCCAAUCAGGAGACAUAAAUUACAUGAUUUUAAUGAUGUGAUUACUGAUGUUAUGAUGAAACACACCAGUGUAACAUCUAUGAACCCAAAUGUCAACAGUUAAUCAAAAUAUAUAUGUGUAUAUUUGUAGAGGCUACUGUAAAAUAUGAAUUGCCAAACAUUCCCCAUAAUUAAAUUACAGCGUGUGUGAACAGUCCAGAUAUUUGCUCUGGUGGGGCGUAUUGACAAACUUUAUUUAUGGUUCUUGUUCAAUCAUUUGUUCUCAGUUUGGGUCGUUAAAUGUUUGGUUGUCUGAGCAAAAAUAGCAUGUCAUGAGUUUAAUUUUUGUACAGAGGACAUUUAAGGUAUAACAAUGAUCCCACACACACACUAUAGUCACGAGUCGAGUGUCGUCUGGCCAAAUCUUCAUUCUGUCUGUGGAAAUUAAGAAAUUACAGCACUUUCAAACUCAUCAGAAACAAAAACAGACCAGAUGAAAAGCAUUUUUCAAUAAAAAAACAAUAUUCACUCUGAAGAGUAAAUGAGACACUGAGUUUUUCCAGAUUUCUCUUUUUCCUCAAAGUGCUUUUUUUGUAACAUUGUUCUCCCAUAAAUACAGAAAUGUGAGCGUCUAUUUGAAUUAAAGCCAAAAACAGCAACAAAAUCACACACACAAAAUACAAAUCCUCUUUACGAACCAAAGAGUAACAAGUCUCUUCUAAAUACAUUCAUAUGCAGGAAAAAUAUAAAAACACUUUGGUCGUAUUGCUGACCGUCCACAUUACACACAAAACACUGAGAUGCUUUAGACAUUGAAACGUAACAUUUUCUGCUUUAAAGUGCACAUUUUGAUGUGUUCCUACUGCAGCGGGACACUUCUGAGAAAACACACACACACACACUUAAACAGACCCAUGGAGUGUGUGUCAGUUACAGAAGACAUGAAGCACCAAAAUCAUCUACAGACACAUUCAUUUCAAGCAGAAACUCACUGACAGUUAUUGCUGAAAAACUCUUUAGACCGUCAUUCAAACAAACUCUUAAAAACAUCUUGUGAUGAAGACUAGAUUUACACUAACAGAUCAGCUCACUAACCCUGAUAACACACACUCACACUCACACACACACACACACACACAUACACACUCACACACACACACACUCUCACACACACAUACACACAACACAUACACACUCACACACACACAUACACACAACACAUACACAUACACUCUCACACACACAUACACACAACACACACACACACACAUACACACAACACAUACACACUCACACACACUCACA